ACAUCGGUGUAGCACAGUUAGUUUGCAGGAUGUCUGGCGUUCCAUUUCCCGAGUUCUGGGUCCGGAAGAUGCGGUCGUUCUACGUCAUCUUCGAUCGUGACCUUGACGGCUUAGUGCAGCGCGAGGAUUACGUGGACUGGCCGGUGGGAAGGGCCAACAAAAACAUGACCCCCGAAAAGGCCGAGUCCCUGUACGGCCUCGUGAGCAGCGCGUGGGACGUGUUUUGGGCGGGAGAAGAGAAAAGAAAGUCCGUCACCAUCGACCAAAUGGUCAAGGAGCACUCCCGAACCUUUGAUACGCAGUCCAGCUUCCACGAGUCCCUUGAAAAGUGGCUGGAGAUUUGCUUUGACGAUGUGGACGCCAAUGACGACGGCUGCAUCACUUUGGAGGAGUACACCACGUUCCUGAAAUGCUACGGUGUUCACCCCUAUUCCGUCACGCCGUCUUUUGAAGCCCUUGACACCAACCACGACGGCCUGAUCAGCAAGGAGGAGUUUAAAAACGCCGGUCGUGAUUAUUUCAAAGUCACUGCCGAUACACCGGCCAAGUUGUUCUGGGGACCAUUCAGGGCGUAAAUUGAAUACUUUGGGGGCAUUUAUUCUGAUAGGUCUUCUCUCGCUUUUGUUCCGCUACAGACGGUCUGACACAUGCAAUAUUAAGAAGUUUUCAGCAACUCUCACAUCAAACUUUUCCAUAGCACUCUACCGUUUAUUCAAGGCUGGUUGAGUUUAAGGUGCCACAUUACCAACACGUGAUAAUCACAUGUGAUUUGUUAAAUCACAGUGAAAAAAAAGAGCAGAACAAGGACGUGACACAACCAUCCUCAGAGUAUUUGUAUAGUCACAAAAAAUAUGUGUGGAACGGGGAAUUAAAAAAAAAAAAAACAUUGCUUGGCAUAACCGCUUUCCACAGAAACAUAAAAAACACUUGCAUAAUGGAUCAGGCUAUUUCAGCCACGACAGAUCCAAGCGCAUGCCUUUCAUACUUAGCAUCAAUAAACAGUGAAAAUAAGUACCUAUAUGUUGAUUUGUUAAUUGGUCACAGCUUGAAACCUGAUAAUAUAAUAUAUGUAUAUAUUCCAUUUCAAUCAAGAGUAUAAUUUGGUCGCUGCUGCUUCUUUUUCUGUACCUGUACCUGUAACAGGCAAAAUUAACAUAAAGCACAGACACCUUCCAAAAAUAGCAAGCAAAUCCAUGAAGGCGAAAUAUUUCUUCAGGAUAUAAUGGAGUUAAUUUUAAUUUAAACACGUGACAGUCACUGGCAAAUCAAGAAUUCUACAAAGAGGGGAGGGGGCGGAUGGUCCCGUUUUUGUCCUGCAAAUAUAAAAUUGCAGUAAUAUGAUUGUAGUAAUAUGG